AAAUCAAAACAUCCAAAUUUAUACAUACCUUAUUUAUAUUACUGUAAACAAUAUUUUUUUUAGGGUUCAGUCCCAGUUAUGUCUGAAGAGCUGUUGUCCAAUUUUCUCACAUCUACUGAAAAUCUAGGAACAAACAUUUCAGAACUUGGGAAACUCCUUCUGGAUGAACAUGGAGCUAAAGCAACAUCGUUGUGUAUAAACGCAUUGAUUUGUGCCAAAUUACCAGAUACAAUUUAUUACAAUAGGAUUGAGCAGUUUCUUGAGCUGACCAGGGCUCUACAGCAUGGGAUAUCGACUACUGAAAUCAUUGAUCAAUGGAACAUUUUAACGGUAAUGAUUUGUGAUAAGUUUGCUGAAUGUGAAUAUCAGACAUGUCUUCUAGUAUCUAAAGUUCUAUCUGUAAUAGUGGAGACCCAUAAUCAUCGACUUCUCUUUCCUGUGGGAGAAUUUAGGCUGCAACUUAAAAGAAUAUAUUCAGCUGUGACAACUGAGGAGAUGGACCAUUCUGCAGUCUCUGCUCUUACUGGUAUUUUUGAAAUUCCUUUGACAUUUUCUUUUGACAUCAAAAAUGAUUUCAUUUCUGAUUUAAUUGAACAUUUGCCAUCAAAAGCACUGCUGAUAACCCUAAGUGAUAUCACAAGUUCUCUCUCAUUCGACAGUAAUUUGGUGUCAUCCAUUCUACACCGUCCUACUCUUUGGGAUAAACUGAUAGAAUGUUUCAAUGAUAAGGAUUGCUGUAUCCGUAAAAGAUCUCUCUUUCUUGUCAAUUUCUUGAUGACUACCCCAAAUAUUUCAUAUCCUGCUGAUAGAAAAGAAAUUAUGGAAGAUCUUCUAGUUGUUUUGGAGACCUUAGAAGAAACUCAGGGUCACAUCAUUCGUCCUGUUUUAGCCAAGAUCCCGAAGCUCUAUGACUAUGCUACUGAAGAAAAACUGGACAUUAGAUGGGUAGCCACAAUCUUCAAUAGACUGAUGUUCCAGGAAUCCAAAAUGAUUUCAAGGUGGGGGUUUCAGCUUCUCCUAGAUUUGCCUCCUAAAGCAUUUUUGACCAAAGAAGGUAUAACUGUCUUGGAAACGCUUUUAUUUUCACAUAUUCAUAAUACUUACAUGUUCUACAGACCGAAUUUUAUUGCAAAAGGUGAAGGUCCUCCAAUUUUUCAUCAACUUAAAAACUAUUUUACCACAAUUCUCUGUGAGGCAGACAGUUCAAUCAGCAAAUCAUUCCUCAAAAAUUUGCUUGUAUUUCUCAGUAAGACAAAAAGCAGCUCAACUCCUCUAACAAUGCUCACACAUCUUUUGUCAAACAUAAAGCUACCAUACAAAGUGGGUGAAGGCUGUGUGCACCAAUUGGCUCAACUUUGUAGAACAGUUUUGUCAACACAACCUCAUAAAGUCAAAGGGGCUGUUCAAGGAUUUAUGCUACGUUUCAUAUCCAAUAAUGUAGCAGUAAAUGGAAAAGAUGUGCUCUGUUCGAUUCAAACAUUACUCAACUUGGUCUAUAUUGAGCAUACAUUGGAUUCUAACCAUUCUCUUUGGAAAGAGCUGUCUUUAUUGGUAAAAGACUAUGACGCAGAGACCGCUGGCAGAGCUUUUGAAGACUUUGUAAUGCAAGAACUAGCCAUUCAGAAAGAAAGCUUUGCUAAGACUCAGGGUUUUGCUCUGCUGUUGGCUAUGGGUGAUGACCAAGGGCUACUUCAUGAUAAAAUCAUUACCUCUGUGUUCCAACCUUUGCUGAACUGUGGUAUGAACUUGUAUGUAUCAAAAAAUUCAGUUAUAAUUUCAGUUAUCAGCGUUAACAUCGUUUUACACUUCUUCAAAGGACGUUCCAAAAAUAGUGAUAUUCUGAAGUUUUGCCAGGAUAAUUCUUCUUCAAUUUUUGAGAAUUGCUCUCUUUUCUUCAUCAGGCAUUCAGAAGAUAUCCAUCAAUCGAAAAGCAUAAGUACUGAAUCUAAGCAGGGAUUAAAACAUUUAGCAUGCUUUUUAGCAAACUUCUCUGCACAGUUUAUGCUACAACAAGGAAUGGUACCAUCAUUCAUCAUUGAUCUUCUCUCAUCAAUAAAGAACAAAGAAAGCGAAUCUCUAGUUAUGGUGCAAAGCUCUGUGGUUAUUCAAGCUAUUUAUAGGAUAAAAGAUUCUUAUGAAUUAUCUCUUCCGGAGAGUCCUGGAAGUUUGGAGUGGCUUCUACCUUAUCUCUCAUCAGAAUCCCUUGUAAAUUUAGAGAGCUCUUGGACUUGCUUUGCCUUCCUUUACCCUUACACCACUGAGUUUGAUAACAAAGAUAUUUGCAAUGUCUUCAACUUAGGAAUUGAAAGCAUUCAAAAAAUGAAAGACCCAUAUGUUAUCCAAAUGAUUUUUAAUUUCAUAAAGCACAUUACUCCGAAAAUCAUUAAUGAAGAUGCUGAAAUGUUUUAUGAGAGUCUUCCAUAUACUGUGGGUGUGUUACAAGACUUCUCAAAUUCAGGUACAUAUUGGGAUUUGCUGGACUCAUUUUGCUCUACAAUGUUUAACCCCACCGUCCUGGACCACCCUGAAUGCGCCAAGGCAGUUAUCAAGACAGUUUUUGACUUCAAGGAGCUGACACACUCAAAGGAAAUGGUUAUGGGCCUUGUUGUUGAACAUCUCUCCUUGUACACUACAUGUGAAAUGAAGAAUGCAGCAUGUUACCUUGACCUUUUGACAGACUUGUCCCUGUUUGGGGUGACACAGUCUCGAGAGAAACAGAAUCAGGAUGAUUUGAUGGCUUACAUAGAACACUUGGGAGAGGAAAUUCCUGUCAACACUUUGUACCAGAGGUUGAAAAAAGGUGUUCCAUUUGUGAGGGUUCAAGUUUUGAACAUGCUCUUCGUAAUCAUAGAAAGAUUUCCUGCCUUGUCAACUACUGUUGUUGACUUCUACUUGACAUCUUUCCGGAACCUUGAUAAGUCUGCCCUACAGAACUCCCUGCCAAAUAGAACAAAGAUUAGAAUAGCACAGGCUUUAUUAUGCUUGAUCCCAGCAGUAGUAAAGAAAAUGAAUAAUGAGGGUAUCAAUAGUCUACUUAAAGAUGUAAUGAUGUGCUUGACUCUUGAAUCUCAGCCUUCAGUUCGUUGCUUCAUUGAAUGCGGCGCUUGCUACAUCCUUUCAAAACACCCUGAUACAGUGUCAUCAGUAUUUGGAAUGAUGGAAACUUCUCGAAAAGUCACGAACAGUAAUGCUCUUCUCAGUGCCUUGUUCUCAAUCCUUUAUCAUCACUUGAUGUACCUAAAUGAGAAAAAGCUGCUGGAAAAAUCACUGUUGGAUGAGGCAUUGCAGAGAAUCAGUGUUUGGACCUGUGCAAACAAUCACAAUGUAAGGAGCUUUGCUUGUUGCUGUUUGGUUUUACUAUCGCCCGUGUAUGAUAAACAUAAUUGGGAUCUACCACACUACUACAAAAUUCAAGUAGAUUUCAUUACCGAAUCAACUGAGUACAGCAAGCUACUUUCAAAGCACAUUGAAAAGAAAGUCUUUUUUUCAAAGUUUAACAUAAUUAACGACCUAUGUUUGUUCAACAUAUUCUUGUCCUUGCCUCAGCAACACAGCGUUCUGGAAAACGAAUGUGUUAUGAAAAGGGAAAUAGAAGGUUUUGAUUUUCAAAUGGAUUAUCCUGUGAUCUCUGGUAAUUUCAUGGAAUUACCAAAACCAGAAUCUCGGGAGCAGUUGGAUUACAUCAUACGAUUUAAAGAUUUGACUGAGUUUUCAUCCUUGCAGAAAAAGAUAACCCCUUGGCAGAUUAUGGCAACUAACCUUGGUAUUGAUUUUGACAGAGGCUCAACUGAAAAAGGUGACCUUGUCGUGUUUGCUUCACUGAUCAGCAAAGGUAACAACCUUGGUGGGUUGUCUCGUACGGGUGAAAUAUUUGGAGUGAAGACUAUGGUGGUAAACAACUUGGAGGUUCUUAACAACAAAGACUUCAAGUCCUUGAGUAUGACUUCUGAGAAAUGGAUAGAGUUUGAGGAGGUGUCCUAUGACACAACUCCUACUGUAGAAUACUUUAAAAAGAUGAAACGUCUGGGGUACACAAUAGUCGGUGUAGAACAGGCUUCAGACAGUGUAAAUCUCGACAGAUUCCAGUUUCCCAGAAAGUCAGUUCUAGUGUUGGGACGGGAAAGGGAUGGCAUACCCGUUGAGUUGUUGAGCCAUUUGGAUGUUUGUGUUGAGAUCCCUCAACUAGGUCUAAUCAGAUCGCUGAAUGUUCACGUGUCUGCUUCCAUUAUGAUAUGGGAGUAUUCAAAACAACAUUUGUUUGCUGAUUCCAACUUAAUCAAGACUGAGGGGUGUUAA